AUGAAUCGCAACAUCACCCAGACCAUCACAGAUUCGCAACACAACACCUUCUCCCCCUCAUCUCAGCUAUCCAACUUCUUCAUCUUCUCCACACCACACCACACCCAGCAUCCAACGAAAACCAUCAAACAUGAUCUUCAAACUCUUCAUCCUCAUCAUCCUCCUCUCAUACUGGUACUCCAACCACCUCAAACGAAAAAGUCAACAAGCCCACCUCCCACAACUGCCAGCCUGCGCAGAAAACCCUCCUCUACAAAUAGCCUCUGGGUCUCAACAUCCUCAAACGCCAAUACGAUGCGCUUCUCUCCAGGCAUCUGCUCUCUUUCCAAGCAGAGCAUUUUGAGAAAAUGGGUUUGGGUUCCACGUUUCAGCAUCCCAUCCCCUAACCCAGCCCCUCAGACUUCGGACUCGGCUCCCACCGCUCAGAACUCACCCAUGAUCGGCGAAGGAAUCUUCACCCAAGACUCCCACUCCUGGAAAUACUCACACUCGAUCCUCCAUCGCCAAUUCUCGCGCGUUCAAUCCCAAUCCCAAUCCCAAAACCUCUCAAUCUUCUCUGCGCCUCUCGAAAAAAUCCUCGCGGUUCUCUCUUCCCGUAGCGGAACGAUUGAUCUGCAACCCCUUUUCUUCCUCUUCCGCUUCACACUGGAAACCAACCACUAUUUCUCUUCUCUUCGGCGAGAGCUCUUAUCCUCUUUCCCUCUCCCUUUCCUCCCUCUCCCUUUCCCCCCUCUCCCAAUCCAAACACGAUCUCUUCGCGAAAAAUUUCUCCUCCACCUCCCUCAUCUCAUCUCCGCUCUGCAUCUCCGUCUCCGUCUCUCCAAUCUCUACUGA